AUGGGUGGAAGUGCAGUUGCUGAUGAUUGGGAAGUUACUACUCAUGAAAAACAGACACUAGUCCUGCUUGGUAGAACGGGUAACGGCAAAUGUGCCACAGGCAAUUCCAUACUUGGAAGUAAGGAAUUCAAUUCUAAGUGCAGCUCUAAUGGGGUUACAAGUACUUGUGAACUUAAGAGUACUCGACUAGAUAAUGGUCUGAUGAUUGAUGUCAUUGACACCCCUGGUAUAUAUACAACUCCUUUCAGAUCUUUUUCUGUUCAUAUAACUGAUGAACCUGACGUUAUAGAUUAUAUGAUUGUUGUCUUCACUGGUGAUGAUGAAUUUGAAGAUAGUGAUGAGGCUUUGGAUGAGUACUUAGGCAAGGAGUGUCCGGAGCCUUUAAACGAAACAAUUAAGUUGUGUGAUGACAGAGUUGUGGUAUUUGAUAAUAAGACUAAAGAUCCAAAGAAGAAAGAAGACCAAUUGAACAAACUUCUUUUGCUUGUGACUCUUGUUUUAGAUAAGAAUAAUGGAGUACCAUAUACAAAUGAAUUGUUCAAGCAACUAAAGGCAUUGAAGGGUAAUUCCUUGAUUGGUGAUGGGGUAAAUCAGUUGAAUGAACCAAUUGCAAUGUCUUACGAGGAGCAUUUCAAAAAACUGACUGAAGCUGUUACAUCAAUGCUAAAGGAGAUUACACAUACAUAUUUAGAACAGUGGGCUACUGACCGUGCUGAUAGGAUAGCAGAAAAACAGAAAGCUGAAGCAGCUCACGUGAAAUUUGAGAUGAUAUGCAUCCAAUCGAGCGAUACUCAUGAUGUGUGGUGCGUUUUUAAUUUGCUAAUUGCUGGUAAAUGGUGA